AUGCCCAAAGUCUUCCUGGUGAAGAGGAGGAGCCCGGGAGUCUCGGUCCGCAGUUGGGAUGAGCUCCCGGAUGAGAAAAGGGCAGAUACCUACAUCCCAGUGGGCCUGGGCUGUCUGCUCCGCGAACCCCCGGAGGACUGUCGCAGCGACGGCGGCAGCAGCAGCGGUGGCGGCAGCAGCAGCAGCGCCGGGGAGCCCGCAGGCGCCGAGAGCGGUUCGUCCCCGGGCGCCCCCGAGCGCCAAACCCCCGAGCUCCGCGACGCCGAGGGCCCAGAUGGACACCUGGCAGCGAAGCAGCGCCCGGUAGCCAGGUCGAAAAUCAAGUUCACCACAGGCACAUGCAGCGACUCUGUGAUUCACAGCUGUGAUCUGUGUGGCAAGGGUUUCCGCCUGCAGCGCAUGCUCAACCGUCACCUCAAGUGCCACAGCCAAGUCAAGAGGCACCUUUGCACCUUCUGCGGCAAGGGUUUCAAUGACACCUUCGACCUGAAGAGGCACGUCCGCACACACACAGGUAUUCGUCCCUACAAAUGUGAGGUGUGCAACAAAGCCUUCACCCAGCGCUGCUCCUUGGAGUCCCACCUGAAGAAGAUCCACGGGGUGCAGCAGCAGUAUGCCUACAAGCAGCGCCGCGACAAGCUCUACGUCUGUGAGGAUUGUGGCUACACGGGCCCCACCCAGGAGGACCUGUACCUGCAUGUGAACAGUGCCCAUCCGGGCAGCACAUUUCUCAAAAAGACAUCUAAAAAGCUGGCGGCCCUUUUGCAAAGCAAACUCACGUCCACACUGCAGGAAAAUAGCAAUCUGAGUGAGGAAGAAGAGAAGAAGUGAAGAGAAAGGAAAGGGAGAUCAGUGCCACAUUACAUGGAUUUCUGGUUCUCAGGCAUCAUCUCUGUCCCACUCCACUGGCUCUAUUAUUAUGACAAGCGUUCAUUUCACCUCUGUCCUUGUGAGAUCAGCAGUAGGAUGUGUCCCAAGGUUGUCAAAUGUUCUGCCACAUCAGGCCCUAUACCAUUUGUCCUAUUGAACUCAGUGGCACUCACCAAAGUCAGUUUUCCAUACUGUGGUGGCUGAGAUCACCAUAUCACCAUAUGGAUUUGGUUUAUUUGUGUGUAUGUAUGCUGUUGU